UUAAAAAAAGGUAAUAUAAAUGAAACAAAUGAGCAAAAAAAAACGGGUUUUCCUUUGUAUUCUUCAUCAUUAGAAAUGGUGGAUUGUGGAGCAGAUGACUGGAGAGUGGUAAUCACAUGGCAUCGGGUGAUACAAUUUUUCACCGAAAUUGCUCUCUGUAGUGUUUGCCCAUUACCCUAUACGGGAAAACAAAGUUGGACAUUUAUGGAGAAUACUCGAGUUAGCAACAAAAUUCAUCAUAAAGAUGUACCGGUUGAUGUUAUUUUGUCGUUGUUGAUGAUUGGACGUGUUUACUUAGUUGGUCGAUAUAUGGUACUUCACAGUAAACAGUUUCAGGAUGCAUCAACACGUACUUUGGCAGCAUUGAAUAGGAUACAAGUGAAUUUUUCGUUUGUAAUGAAAUCAAUGCUGCAACAACAUCCACUGUCUUUCAUUACGGCAUUUACAUUGGUUUUUUGGGUUGUUACUGCCUGGACAUUUGUACAAGAAGAAGAAACUGUAUUGUUGUAUUCAAAUGCUAUGUGGUUUAUUGCAAUAACUUUCAUGCUAAACGGUUAUGGAGAUAUUGUACCUUAUACACAUGUUGGACGAAUUAUUGCCAUUAUUGGCGCAAUUGUUUCAUCAAUUAUGAUAGCUGUAAUAUCAAAAAAGAUUCUGUUAUCGCAAGGACAAAACAACGUGAAUAAUUUUAUGGAAGAUUCACGGUUAACUCGAGCACAUGAAGAUGCUGCAGCUCGAGUUCUUCAGCAUACCUGGCAUAUACAUAAGUGUUGGACAAGCGGCGAUAACGAUAAUGGCCACUUGAGAAGAUAUCAACGAAAAUUUCUAAGAGCUAUUCACUAG